AAUCUAACGGUACGCAAAAGUCUCGCACCGUGGGUCAUAUGACCGUGUUACCCAAGCUAGCCACCGUCGAAGAAACAGAAACACAGAAGAGAAGAAGAAGAAGAAGAAGAAGAAGAAGAAGGUGAGUGCAGAAAACACUAUAACCAAUAAUGGCGGAAAAAUUAGCCCCCGAAAAGCGUCACAGCUUCGUCCACAACGGUCAAAAGGUGUUCGAGUGGGAUCAAACCCUUGACGAGGUCAAUAUUUACAUAACCCUUCCUCCCAACGUCCAUUCCAAGCAAUUCUACUGCAAGAUUCAGUCUAAGCACCUCGAACUUGGCAUCAAAGGCAAUCCUCCGUAUCUCAACCAUGAUCUUACUAGCCCGGUGAAGACAGAUUCUUCCUUUUGGACCCUAGAGGAUGACAUAAUGCACAUAACACUGCAGAAGAGAGAUAAAGGUCAGACAUGGGCUUCUCCCAUAUUAGGUGAGGGUCAGUUGGACGCUUAUUCUACUGAUCUUGAGCAGAAGCGACUCAUGCUUCAGAGAUUUCAAGAGGAGAACCCAGGUUUUGAUUUUUCACAAGCUCAAUUUACUGGAAACUGUCCAGAUCCAAGGACCUUCAUGGGUGGAAUCCGAUCAGAUUGAUGAUCUUAGGUGCCGUAAUUUGUGUUUGCCUGCUAUAAGAUGAGGAUCAUAUGGUAAUAAUCUGUGGUAUUUGUCUCCUCCUUGUUAGAUGUCAUUUAGUUAAGGCAGUCUUAAUGCAUUUCUUCUAAUGAUUGUCUGACUGUAUUGACAUCGUGUGGUAUUUGAUAAUCUCUUUGGUGCCCCCUUUUGGCAUUUAAUAUGUAUAUAAAACAAGGAGCAUUUUAGCAAGACGUGGACAAUAAUAACUUGAGGUCUGUUGUGUACUAUUUUAAAGUCUUCUAUGGAUCACCAUA